UUCCACCCCUCCACUCCAUUAACAACUAUUCCUUAUUCAAUGAUGGCAUCUACAAUUUGUGCGUCUGUUUAUUCUUUAUUAUUAUUAAUUGAACAUUUCAUUAUUUAAAGUAAUGCUGGCAUUAUUAUUUCAAAGGCAUUUUUCUCAAGAAUUACAUUUCAUGAAAAAUAAGUGUUAUAGACAGAAAGAGUAAACAGUGUCGAUCUAUUCUGAACGUAAACAAAAGGAGGUUAGGAAGGUUUAUGCAUUGAUAUUGUUUGAAAAACAUAGUAAAAAUGAGUUUUUCAAGUGAUGAAGUAAACUUUUUAGUAUAUAGGUAUCUUCAAGAAUCUGGCUUUCAACAUUCAGCUUAUACGUUUGGUAUAGAAUCGCACAUCUCACAAUCCAAUAUAAAUGGAGCGCUUGUUCCACCCGCUGCGCUCAUUAGUAUAUUACAAAAAGGACUACAAUACACGGAGGCAGAAAUAAGUAUAGGAGAGGAUGGUACGGAACAUAGACUAGUUGAAAGCUUAUCUUUGAUAGACGCGGUUAUGCCAGACAUAGUCGCCAGCCGCCAGAACCAACAGAACAAACAAAAGCAGCAGACCGUCAAAACAGAGCCGCAAGAGACGAACGGAGAUGAAGCGGUCAAGGUUGAACAAAAAAGUGGAGCAGCGGCCAGCACGAAUGAAUCGAUGGAGGUGGAUGGAUCAAUUGAGAUUCCUCCCAGUAAGGCGACAGUCCUCAGAGGUCAUGAGUCCGAAGUCUUCAUCUGUGCCUGGAACCCCACCAGGGAUCUCCUUGCUUCUGGGUCGGGUGAUAGCACGGCACGUAUCUGGGACAUGUCGGACAACGGCACAUCACCCAACCAGCUGGUGUUGCGGCACUGCAUCCUGAAGGGUGGCUCAGAGGUACCCUCCAACAAGGACGUGACGUCACUGGACUGGAACUGCGACGGAACGCUACUGGCGACGGGAUCCUAUGACGGAUAUGCGCGCAUCUGGAACACGGACGGUAUGCUGGCUGAAACGUUAGGUCAGCACAAGGGACCCAUAUUCGCGCUAAAAUGGAACAAGAGGGGCAACUAUAUACUCAGCGCUGGCGUUGAUAAGACGACAAUAAUCUGGGACGCGUCGACGGGUCAGUGCACACAGCAGUUCUCGUUUCACUCUGCUCCUGCACUGGAUGUGGAUUGGCAGACCAACAACAGUUUCGCCUCCUGCUCCACCGACCAGUGCAUCCACGUAUGCAUGCUCAACGUCAACAGCCCCAUCAAGUCUUUCGAAGGUCACACAAACGAAGUGAACGCCAUCAAAUGGGAUCCUCAGGGUAAUCUGUUAGCCUCAUGCUCCGAUGACAUGACCUUGAAAAUAUGGUCUAUGAAACAGGACACCUGUGUACACGAUCUACAGGCACACAGCAAAGAAAUCUACACGAUCAAGUGGAGUCCAACGGGACCAGGCACAGCCAACCCCAACAUGAACCUGAUCCUGGCGAGUGCUUCGUUCGACUCGACCGUGCGGCUGUGGGACGUGGAGCGUGGCGCUUGCAUCCACACGCUCACCAAGCACACCGAGCCCGUCUACAGUGUGGCGUUCUCGCCCGACGGCAAGUUCCUCGCCUCGGGCAGCUUUGAUAAGUGUGUGCACAUAUGGAGUACCCAGUCCGGUCAGCUGGUGCACAGCUAUAAGGGAACGGGAGGCAUCUUUGAAGUGUGCUGGAACUCGCGGGGUGAUAAGGUCGGUGCUAGCGCAAGUGACGGAAGUGUGUUUGUGUUGGAUCUGCGCAAGUUGUAGGGGAUUACGGAAGUGAGUGUGGGAUUGCAGAAGUGAGGAGAGAUUACGGAAAUGAAGGUGAGAUUGCGGAAAUGGGGAGUGAUUACGGAAAUGAGGCAUGAAUUGAAUGUUUUAGGGGAGUUACGGAAGUGAGAGUGGGAUCGCGGAAGUGAGGAAGGAUUACGGAAAUGAAGGUGAGAUUGCAGAAAUGAGGAAAUGAGGCAGGAAUUGAAAGUUUUAGGAGAGUUACGGAAAUGAGGCAGGAAUUGGAAGUUGUAGGGGAUUACGGAAAUGAGGGUGGGAAAUCGGAACUGAGGGUGGGAUUACGGAAAUAAGGGUGGAGUGCAGAAGUUGAGGCCAGCCACUAAUGUAACGAUACACCGGACAUUUUUGACUGUACAGUUGAAAAGUGGAUUGUUAGUGGCAGUCACCUGAGACUUUGGUGUGCAGUAGUUUUUGUGCUGUUGCAGGUCAGCUGUCACAGAACCACUGUUCGCCUGUCGGUCGAAAAUGUGCGGCGAAAUGUAUCGGCAGUGGCUGUAAUUAGAAGGGUUUCAGCAAUUAGCUAUGGUUCAAUUCACUUGAAGCUGCUUAAAUUCCUGUAAAUCACAUUACAUCAAAUAGCAUCAAUGCUCCCUUUGAAGUAAUGUUUCAUUUAGCAAUACAAUUUCGACAGUCAAAAGACAAUUUCUUUAUAGGGAUUACGGAAAUGAGAGUUUGUUAAAAGGGACCUAUAGAACCCAUUAAAGACAACUAGAUUUCAGCCAGCGAAUAUGGUAAGGUCGUCAUAACUAAGGGUGUGUGCACAUCGAGUUUAUUUGAAAAGCGUUCCGAGUUACGCGUUCCAUGAAAACUGAGGUUAAUUAUUGAAUUAGUACGACAGAGACAGAGAGAGAGAAAGAUACGCUCAUAAAUUGAUAUCGAUAUUUAUUGAUUUGACGUUAAAUUUAAUUUAAAUUGAAACUGAAGUGAUUCAUGGAAACUGAAGUUGAUUAAUUAAUUAGUACGAGAGAGAGAGAAAGAAACGCUUAUAUAAAUUAAAUUUUUGUUAGAUUUAAUUUUAAUUUUUAAUAUAAUUACAAAUAGUUAAAUUGAUACUGAAGCUGUAGUAUCCGUUUACUACUUCUCAGUUUUAUAGAAUCUAGUUUUUCUUCAAUUGAGAAAUUCAACUAGAAUGCAUGUAUUCGACAGCCCUCAUUUUAUCCAUAGAAAGAAUAGCAGACCUUGGAACGCCUGACAGCUGACAGCUCUCUGUGUGCACACACUCUAAGGCCCCAUUACACGGUAAAAUAUUACAUCAGUUAUUUGGUCAUUAAACGGUAAAAUAUUACAUCAUUUAUUCGGUCAUUAAACUGUAAAAUUUUAGAUCAAAUAUUUGGUCUUUGAUCAAUAAUAUUUGAUGAAUAGAUCAAAUAUAAAAUAUGUGACAAUAUAAAACUGUUCCAAUAUGGAAUGAAAUCUUUGAUAAAACUCUGUGAAACAUUAUAGAUUAACCAUUUUAUUGUCUCUUUUCUGUAUAGGGCUAUAAAUAUAAAUACAAAUCUCAGUACCCUUUUUAAAUGAUUUUAUCACAACAUGUUUUGUGAUAAAAUAAUUGUGUGAAAAGGGUUAUGAGAUUUGUAUUUCUAUUUAUCAUAGAUCAAAUAUUGACUGUGUAAUGUCGCCUUGAGACAUACGUUUGACGGUUUGUAGGAUGUACAGUGACAAGAGACUAUAUCCAAUAAAGUGGCCUGGGCUCUGAAAAUUCUUUAUUUUUGAAGGGAAAAAAGGGUUCUGAAAAUGAUAGUUUUGCUGAAGGAUUUCUUAGUACCUCAUUAAUUAGCAUUUUGUAAACGAUUCUCUUUAAAAUGGUUUAUUAUCAAAUUUGUAGUUUAGUUACUUUCGGUAGACUGAAAAUAGUAAAACUUGUCUAUAAUAUUGUCAAAUUUCGAAGGGAUUGUCGGAAUAUUUUUGUAUUACUUAUUGGAAUAAGUAAAUUUAUUAGCAAAUCAACGUUUUCUAAUGAUUUUAAAGAUUAUUGACAUCAGUAAUUGAUUAAUUUUUUGAGUGAAAAUUCGUUUGAUGGAAAUAACAUAUUAGAAAUAUCCAGACGUUAAAGCAUCGAGUUUCGUAUUGAUCUAUUAUUAUUGGCAAUUGAAUUGAACAAAUAUGACUGUGUUUUCAACAGUUUUGUGUUUUCAACAGUUUUGUGUUUUCAACAAUAUGAUUCAACAUUGUGAUUUCUAUUUAUAUUCUAAAAGAACUUGUGUUUUGAUUUAAUAUUGGCAAUUGAAUUGAAAAAAAUAGAUGACUGUGUUUUCAACUAUAUGAUUCAUCAUUGUGAUUUUUGAGAUUUUUAUUUAUAUUCUACAAGAACUUGUGUUUUUAACUUUUAAUAUUUUGGAAGAUUUUGUUAGUGUUCCCUCUUGAUAAUAAUAUAUUAUUUUAAGUUAUUUUUCGUUGAUAAAUUAUGAUCAUUGUUAUGCAUUAAAAAGAAAAUCCCAUCUUAUUAGGUGUAAAAAUAUUAGAGCACACAUUAUGUUAUACUGGACUUAACAUUUAAAAGUAGUGUGACUACAGUACCUGACUAUGACAAGAUUUUUGUUUGAGCGCUUUUCAAGAUGAAAACUAUAGACUUGCCAUCACUUCACAUGCUUCAGAUACACUGGGAAAAUCAAUAUUACUUGAUGACUCAUCUUAUAGCAAUAUUAAAGGAUGUAUUGGCAAUUUGAUCAAUAUAGGUUCUUAUCUUCAGCUUGUAUACAGUUUUCAAUUAUAUUUCUUGUUAUUUAUAAUAAAACAAUUACUCACAGUUGUGCAUUAUACGCUUAACCGCCGUAAAAUGAUAUCAUCCAACGGAAGCAAAACCAGGAAAAAUAUGAACAAAUCAGAUGACAAUGAGAUGACGUAUCUUUAUGGCGGUUAAAUAUAGUAAGACAUAAAAUGUACUACUUCUCACUCUUCAUUUUUUUAAUUCGGUAUUUUCCAGAAUACUUGAAAUUUUCCAACUCGCUUUAAUCAUCAAAAGAUUUAUAUUAAAGUAAACUACUAUGCAUAUUAUUAAUUUAUUGAUCUUCUAUCAUGAUUUGAAAAAUAAUUAUGAUGUAAAAACAGUAAUUAAGAAUUCACAUUCGUUCUAGUGUACAAUGGGAAAAUCGAUUCAGAAAAACAGUUUUUUCCUAGUUGUUGAGGGUCUGAGGUUUUGAGAAACUUUAUCAUUCUCCUCAAGAGUGUAUUUUUGAAAUAAAUCUAAAUUUGUUGAGUAGGUAAAUGUGGGUAAAUAAUGAAGAAAUUUGUGGAAUAAAACUACAGAUGGAAAUUACUGAGAUAUUGAAAUUAUUCAAAUUAAAUAAAAAUACUAAGAAAUUGUCAAAAACCACAGAUUACAACUCAGUUUAUAGUUUAUCAGAGAUUGACAAUGGUGUAACAACCGAAACCAGUCUUUCUAACUAUCAAUAAAUCUGUGGUUUUUGACAAUUUAUUAGUAUUUCUAUUUAAUUUGAAUAAUUGCAAUAUCGCAGUAAUUUUCAUUCCACAAAUUUCUUCAUUAUUUACCCACUUUUACCUACUCAACAAAUUUAGAUUAAUUUCAAAAAUACACUCUUGAGGAGAAUGAUAAAGUUUCUCAAAACCUCAGACCCUCAACAACUACAGACUUUCUCAACUUCUCAACUACACAAAAAAAAAAAAAAUCAAAUGCUAAUGAAUUCAUAAUUAUUAUUAAACGAAAAUCCAAAUUAAAUGCUGUAAACAUUUAAUAUACUGAUUAAAACUACUUUAAAAGUUCUUUUUUGAAAAAUAUUUUCUUUUAUCGGUUUCACUUUGUUAAUUUAUGAAUUGGGAACUCAAGUUGUGAGUUAUUGAUAUUACUCAAGCAUCUACUGAAAAAUUGUGCAGUAAAAUCUAGGAAGAGCAUGUUCUUAAAACAGAAUUAUUUCAUGUUUUCAAUUGAAUUGACGUUCUUAACAGUAUUUUCAGCAUCAGUGUACUCUUAGAAAUAGUAAAAAGGAGUGAGACCUAUUUAUAUUAUUUGAAUUGAAGUUUUUAAUUUGUAUACAUAACAUUAAAAAGUAGGUUACAGUAGAUAGGAAUCAAUUAUUCAAAAUGUCCAAUGUAUGAGUUGUAAUAAUUUUUUUAUUUAUAGAUAAGUUUAUUUACUUUGUAGAGUAAUGUAGAUUAGUAAAAAAUUCUAAGAGAUUAUUUCCCUUAACUGAACGUUCUGAUGAUAUUGAUAUCUUUUUGAGAAAUAAAAUUAUGAUUAGGGUUUAUUGCGGAUAUUUUUUUUCGCCGGGUACUAAUAAUUGUAAAUAGAAAUAUUAGAUUGUAUCUUAUUGUCUUUGAAUGUUGAUGUAUGGGUGUAUUAGUGCGAAUGUAUUUUCAUUUUUAAUUUAAUAUAAUUAUAAUUAAUAUAUAUAAUAUAUAUUUUACAACUAA